AUGUGGCUGUUUGUGGCAGUGGUGUGCUUAAUGCAACAGACAACAGAGUCAGAAGAAUUCCUCAGGAAACGGCACUUGAAUCCUCAAGAAUUUAUGACCACUGUGAGUUGCUUGUUCAGAUGCAUUUGGAAACAACAGGCUAUUGCUAGGACAAAAUAAUUUGUACAUAUUUCUUUAAACAGAGAUUCCAAAGCAUUUGCUUUUCAUAGAAGGAUUUCCAGGCCUCCCUGAGUUACCCCAAAGAGGGCUAGAUGGAUUAUAAUGGAUGAAUUUGCUUUUGUUCAUUACAGCCAGCAGGGGAGGAAGGCAGGAUCCAGAACUUUUUUCUCUUCUUCUCAGCACCAUUGUUCCUAAAAUUCCUUGCAGCGCAUCUAGACUUAGAAAAAAAGGUCUCGAUUUGCUGAGGAUUUCUUUGUUCUUGCAGAAUGAAAUAAUCCAAUAUUGGGGAUACCCCAGUGAAGAGUAUGAAAUCCUGACAGAGGAUGGCUAUUACUUACAAAUAAACAGAAUUCCUUACGGAAUGCACAGUUCUGGGAAGACAGGUAAUUUUGGAAUAUAACUGAUGUUUUUAUAGCAUUUUUUUUGAAGGAAGAGAAGGGGCUUAGAACUUUUCAUCCUCUGCUCCACAGUCCACACCACCAAUGGGCAGGCACUCACAUGCCAGGCAGGGGCAGGUUGCAGAGGGCACAUGACAGGGAUCUCUGCGUAGGGUGCCUGGUUUGCGUUACCUCAGAUUGUGUGCCAGGCAAUGGCCCCCUGCCCACUGAGGAAGAGUAUUGGCAGGAUUCCACAUAGCCCAGAGGAAACAAAUGUGUGUGUAUAAAUGCUCAGAAUGAGCUAAUUCAGUUUAAUGAAGUUCACUGAAUUAGUAGUUGUUGCCAAAAUUGCUGCGUGAGCUGAAUGCAAAUUAACUUCAUAGGGGGUUCAAGUUCAUUCUGUGUUUUUAUACUUUAGACUCUUUAGGCUCUUAAGUUUAAAGUUCAUAAUGGUUGAAGAAAAUAAGUCACACCCCACUGUGUGUGUUUUGAUGUUUUCUUAGUCUUCUUUACCUAUAUGUUAUAUGUCAGCACAGCAGCUUAUAACAUUCUGAAAGGUGAGGAAAAUUUCAAGGUAAUGUGAAUUGAACUCUGAACUGAAUAUGAACCAAACAAGUUCAUUUUAUAAGUGGACAAAUGUGAAUUGGAACUAGUUCCUUUCUGGUCAUGUUCAACCUGAACUAGAAUUAGUUUCUUUUCUAAAAAGACUUUCAAAGCUCUGGUAUCUAUUUCUCUAUGUGAUGUUGUGUAAGAAUGAAGUGUUUGGAUUAAGCUUUUGUGUGCAGAAGCGGUGAAUUAAUUGUAGAAACUGGGUACAAUCUUCUGCCCAAUUUUUCCUAUCUGAGCAGAUCUAAUCACCUUUGUUUUUCACUACCUUGUCAUGAUGAGGUGGUAUGGACUAAAUGAUUUAUUUACGCCAUUGAGCCAGGCCCUGCUCAAGACAUUUUGCUGCUUGAUGUGAAGGCCAAGAGCCCUCUCCAAUCCAUUCCACGUAAAGAAGCCAUCCAGACAAGUCCAGGGAUAGCAUUCUCCAUUCAUCUUAGGAUAACAGGGUUGGGAGCAACAGGGCAAGUCAGAUGGCAAUUAUGCCACUCUGUCCUCACUCUGCCUAUCAGUAGGGCCAGCCCUGUAUGGAAUCUUGCCAUAGGAAAGCAGCUACUGAUUUUCAGCAAUGGAGCUGAAGAAUUUGCUGCUUUCUCAUCUGAUCUUUACUGCCUUUGUAUUGGCUAUGAUUUGUAUUGUGUUGCUUUUGUAUUGGCUAUGAUUUCCAGGAAGCAUUUGUUUAUAUUUUUUAAUAGUGCCUAAAGGUGAGGCAGCCAUGGGUCAUCACCUAAUUACAAUUAUCUCUGUCCUAUAUAUAAUUGUGUUUUUCUUGGACUAGAUGAAAGCAUCACAAAGAUCAAUGUUGGUGAAGUGAACACAAAUAAACUAUAAGGUAGAUUGCCCAUUUUGUUUCUGUUUCCCCCCCAAGUCCUAGGCCAGUUGUUUUGCUGAUCCAUGGUGUUUUGCUUGAAAGUAGGUGCUGGAUUGCAAAUCUUCCCAACAAUAGCCUGGGAUUCUUCCUAGCAGAUGCUGGUUAUGAUGUUUGGAUGAUAAAUGCUAGAGGGACCAGCUGGUCUAGAAGACACAAGGCUCUGUCAAUUGACCAAGAAGAAUUUUGGAAUUUCAGGUAUAAAGAGACAACUUGUAACUUGGAUAAUUGAGACAAUUGUAGUAACUGCUGUCUCUGAAGUACAACUGCUAACAACAUAUCAUUUUUCCUUGUGUUGUGUCAGAAGUGCUUCAAUCCUGGAAAGACUUCCCAAAGUUGGGAAAUGGUGGAUUGUGGAAAUGGUGGAUUGUGCAAGAAGAGGGUGGGUGAAGAAGAAGAUGUAGGUGAAGGCUUUCACCUGUCCUACUUCUCCCUGCCUCUGCUGAUGUCACAGGAGCAUGCUUGUCAGUUCACAGUUCAAAUACAGAGUUAACUCUUUAUUAGCAAAAAUACUGGGAAUGUGUAGAUGAAGUACUAGAUUGUCUGGCCCUCGUUCCACCUGGAGCACUACCUAGAUGUCAAAGGCGUUGUGGUGGGUAGAGAACUCAUCUCUGCCUCUUGGCCUUCCUCAUCACACCCUGCUGCUUCAGCUUUUGCAUCUGAUUCUGGACGACUUUCUGCCACAGACUCUCAUAGCUCACUAAGCCUUCUUACUGCUUCAGAGUCUGACACCUCCUCUUUCCUGUCGUCUCCAUCUUCUCCUUCUGACCUCUUGUUGUCGUUCCACCACCACUCCCCGGGCUCUGAGCCUUCUUCCCUGGUGACCCCCCAGCUGGUUCCUCUCACCAUUCCUCUGCAUCAAACAAGUCCAUGGAAGCUGACUACAUGCUUAUUUAGGGUAUAAAACCUGACUGAACAUGAGGUUGGGGAGGGGGAGAGAAAGAAAUGGUGAACUCCCCAUUGACCCCUGAAGACUGUACUAUUCUUUUGGCGUGGGUGGGGGUGAGGAAACAGAGCUAGUUGGAAUUUCUUACAUUUCCCCCUUACAAUUUAUAUAUCACUUGAUUACAAUUCUCAUGAAGUGGUGGCAUUCUAAGUAGUUAACAUGCAUUUUUAAUGGCACAAUCCUGUAUAGGAAUGGGGAAUCACAGCCCAAAUUACCUCAUUAUUUGAGGCAGAGUCCAUGCAUACUUCUAAUAGUAUGCAUUAGUAAUGAAACAGAAGGAUAAGUGGAGAAAACUUCACCUGCAUUUUGUAUGUAUGACUACAAAGUGGGUGGCGCUGUGGUCUAAACCAAUGAGCCUCUUGGGCCUGCUGAUCAGAAGGUCAGUGGUUCGAAGUCCCACAAUGGAGUGAGCUCCUGUUGCUCUGUCCCAGCUCCUGCCAACCUAGCUGUUCAAAAGCACACCAGUGCAAGGAGAUAAAUAGGUACGACUGCGGUGGGAAGGGAAACGGCGUUUCCAUGUACUCUGGUUUUCGUCACGGUGUUCCGUUGCGCCAGAAGCGGUUUAGUCAUGCUGGGCACAUGACUCGGAAAGCUGUCUGGGGACAAACGCCAGCUCCCUUGGUCUGAAAGCGAGAUGAAUGCCGCAACCCCAUAGUCACCUUUGACUGGACUUAAUAAUAAUAAUAAUAAUAAUAAUAAUAAUAAACCUUUAUUAAACCCACCCUUCCCUGUUCAGAAAACCAGUCUCAGACAAAUUUAACAACAAAUUUAAAACACUUAAUUGAUGCAACAAAAAACAGCAUAAAAUAGAAUAACUUAACCCUCCAUGGGUCCUUUACCUUUACCUUAAUGUCUUACAGCAUCCAUGAAAUUGCGAUAUAUGAUAUUCCAGCAACAAUAAAUUUAUCCUGCAGAAAAUUAAGCAAGAAGGAUUGUAUGUUAUCAGUCAGUCUCAGGGUGGGACACUUGGUAAGUAAUAAGAAAUGAAUAGAAUGUGUUUACUGCCUGAGCCCUUUUUUAAAAGGCCUUCUUACAAUCAAAAAUUCCCAUCACUGGUAUAGUUGAAACCUAAAAAUUUUGAUUGAAGGAACAAUAAGCAAGGACUUUUGGCUCACAUAUGUUUGGCACAGCUGCUGAAUUCUGGAAUUCUUUCUCUUUGGCAGGUUUAAUUGCCUUUUCACUCUUACCACAGCUCGCUCAGAAAGUCAAGCUCUUUAUAACUUUUGGUCCUACCUACACACUUGUCGGCACCAGUGGACCUUCUGUGCUAUUUCUCAGUCUUCCAGAUGCAUUAAUAAGUGUAGGUAUUUCUCAUAGGUUUUUAUAUUGUGUUAAUGUGGCCUUCUAACAUAAUCAGUUUAGUGAUAUGGACAGUUAAACCUUUAAGUUUAUCCAUUUGUCAUUAUUUUGGGGGAGGUCAUGUAAUAUCUGGUUUAAUUAAUCCUCACAUAUUAAUCCUAAAGAGAAUAAUAAUAAUAAUAAUAAUAAUAAUAAUAAUAAUUUUUAUUUAUACCCCGCCCUCCCCAGUCAAGACUGGGCUCAGGGUGGCUAACACCAAAUAUAAAAACAAUUGAUUGAAAUACAGCUUUAAAAACAAGAUUAAAAUACAACAUUAAAGCAUUAAAAUGCAGCCUGAGUUCAGUGGAAACUCAAAAACUUUUUUGGGGAUGAAAACGUCAAGUCUUCACCAAGGCUAACUAUCCAGACUGGUCCUACAUGGGCAAGAAAAAAGCCAGGGAAGUCCCCAAAUAGGUGUUCCAACACAGAAGGAGAAAGGAAAAAAGAAAGAGGGGGAGCAAUCAAAUUGAUUCCAAGCCAAAGGCCAGGCAGAACAACUCUGUCUUACAGGCCCUGCUGAAAGAAAUCAGAUCCUGCAGGACCCUGAGACAGAGCAUUCCACCAGGCUGGAGCCAGUGUUGAAAAGGCCCUGGCUCUGGUUGAAGCUAAUCUGACUUCCUUAGGGCCCGGGACCUCUAGAGUGUUGCUAUUUAUGGACCUUAAGGUCCUCUGUGGGGUAUAUUGAGAGAGGCGGUCCCAUAGGUAUGAGGGUCCUAGGCCGUGAAGGGCUUUAAAGGUCAAAACCAGCACCUUAAAUCUGGCCCUGUACUCCACCGGGAGCCAGUGCAGCUGGAAAAGCACUGGGUGAAUAUGCUCCCAUGACAGAGACCCCGUGAGGAGCCUUGCUGCAGCAUUCUGCACCCGCUGGAGUUUCUGGGACAGCUUCAAGGACAGCCCCGCAUAGAGCGAAUUACAGUAGUAAAGCCUGGAGGUGACCGUUGCAUGGAUCACUGUGGCCAGGUCGGGCCGGGAAAGGUAAGGGACCAACUGCUUGAUGUGGUGAAGGUGAAAAAAGGUCACCUUGGCUGUUGCUGUAACCUGCGCCUCCAUGGAAACGGAGGCGUCAAGGAUUAUACCCAAACUCUUAACAGAAGGCAAUGGCACUAUAAUUGGGCCCCUGCAAGAGAAGGGAGUUGGUUCCUCAUCCCCAUGCCAUCCUGACCCAGCCAGAGGACCUCUGUCUUUGAAGGAUUUAGUUUCAAUUGGCUCCCAUGAAACCAUCCAGCCACAGCUUUCAAGCAUCUGGUCAGUGUGUCCAGGGCCGAGUCGGUGUGGCCAUCCAUCAGCAGAUAGAGCUGAGUGUCAUCAGCAUGUUGGUGACAACCCAAUCCAAAGCUCCAGACAAUCUGGGCAAGGGGUUCAUAAAGAUGUUAAAAAGCAUUGGGGAGAGGAUUGCGUCCUGCAGCACUCCACGCACUCUCCAUGUGUGUUCAUUGGUUGAAAUAAAGCACUGAAAGAAGAUCUCUGAGUCUCUGAUUUCACUAGGUCACUAGCCAGUGAGCUGUUGAAGGCAAGCUCCUGUCAGCCACUGGCCUAAUCUAGCAGGCUUUUAUUAUGUUCUUAUUAAAUACAGGAAUCUCUGUCCCAUUUAGAGGUAACACUAGGAGGCAGGAUUUUGGCUAUGUACCUAUGGGGCACCAUCAUGAGCAUAAACAAGUACUGUGGGUUCUCUCCUCAAGACUGGAGUUCUGCAGCUGACUCUUGGAUUUCUACCAAGGCUUUCAGCAUGACCACAGUCCAUUUCAAACAGGGUUUUGGCCUGGUUUUGGCACAGAAACUGCUUUGGUUCCCCUGUAUGAUGACCUCUGUUGAGAGAGAGACACAAGGGAAACAUGUCCCUGUUAAUUCUUCUCGACCUCUCAGCAGCUUUCGAUCAACCAUCAAACAACAUCAAUCACCGAAAUAAGGGUGCAUGUCACCCCUUUGUGGUGGUUCCAGUCCUACUUGGUCGUUCCCAGAGGGUGUUGCUUGGGGAAUGCUUUUCAGCCCCAUGGAACCUUCAAUGUGGGGUUCUACAAGACUCAAUCCUAUCCCCUACGUUGUUUAACAACUACAUGAAACUGCUGGGUGGGGUUAUCCGGAGGUUUGAAGUAUGUUGUCAGCAGUAUGCUGAUGACACUCAGCUCUAUUUCCCCUUUACAUCUGCAGGUGAGGCAGUGGAAGUGCUGGACCAGUGUCUUGCCUCGGUAAUGGACUGAAUGAGAGCCAACAAACUGAAACUAAAUCCAGAUAAGACUGAGACACUUAGUGGGUGUGAGAAGAUGGGUGGGAGAUUGCCUGCUCUUGAUGGGGUUACACUUCCUUUGAAGGAGCAGGUUUGUAGCUUGGGGGUACUCCUAGAUCCUUUGCUGUCACUCGAGGCUCAGGUACAACUUAAGUGGAUACAAAAUAAUGACGACAACACACAGGACAAAAAAAAUGUAGACAUAAAAUUUAUAUACCACUUAAUAUAAGCAUAAAUCUCCAGGUGAGUUAUAUUUUUUAAAAUAUGCAAGGAAGUGUAAUGUACAUUUCAGUGCUUUGAACUGAUUUUAUAAUGAAAUGAUUUUAGAAUGUUGUAUCAUUUUACUGUUGUUAGCCGCUCUGAGCCCGGCUUCGGCUGGGGAGGGCGGGAUAUAAUUUUUUUUAAAAAAAUUCUUCUUCUUCUUCUUCUUCUUCUUCUUCUUCUUCUUCUUCUUCUUCUUCUUCUUCUUCUUCUUCUUCUUCUUCUUCCUGCCUUGCCUUGCCACAAGGCAUAUGAUAGUAUGUGAUAAUUCUUUUCUCAUAACUGUUUUGCUUACUCUGCAUCUGUUCCAUAAUUAACAAUGCACCCAGAAAGACACGUUUUGCAUAAUUAUAUAGUAGCUGAUGAAAGUGAUCUUAUUCUCUUCAGUUUAUUACAAACUAAGUCUUCUUCAGUGUGCAUUAGAGAUGUGGUUGCUAUUGCUGAACAGGAACAGGUAAGCAAAAAUCUUUUCUUCCCUGUAUCUUUUUCAUUUAUUUUCUGGCGACAUACCUUGGUCUUACAUUUUAAUAGCUUGCAUUUAACAAAGUUAGACAUUACUAUCAUAAAGUACAACCCAAUCAUCCAGUAGAAAUUAAGGCUACUUGCACAAAGUCUGCUGGCACAGAACUGAUUCAGCUGUGGGGGAAUCACAAAUUGCAUAAAUGUGUACAAAAUUAUUUAUACCUUACUUUCUGAAUUGCAUUUGUAGUCUGCCCUUCCUCCAUAAGGAAAAUACAAUAUUUAAAAAUUCUUAAAACAUUAAAAAACAGUAAAAAACAUCUAAAAACCAAAAAACCCAAAAAAUAUUUUUUAAAGCAAAUUUAAAAACAGGUAUAACAAACACAAAUGUAAUAUGUUUUGGAAUACCAUACUUGCUUAUUCUUUCCCACCAGUGUAUGGUUUCAUUGUGGGUUAGAAUUGAGCCUGCUUAGCCUUAUUUCCAAGAUAGUUAUGACUUUUCCUCAUGGGACAGAUCUUUUUUCAGUAUUUCCUCAUAAACUAUCCAACUCAGUGACUAAUAUUUUCAGAAGAGAUACAUUAUUUCUUCCCUGCACAGCAUCACCCGAACUAAAAUUGCGCUCCCUGCCCAGGGCACUUCCCAUCUUUGCUAAGGCGUUUGAAACAACAGAUAUUGUUUUACAGAGGUCAGCGAUGUGGCUGUUUUGGGCAGUGGUCUUCUUAUUCCAACAGACAACAGAGUCAGAAGAAUUCCUAAGGAAACGGCACUUGAAUCCCCAAGAAUUUAUGACUAUUGUGAGUUGCUUGUUCGGAUGCAUUUGGAAACAACAGGCUAUUGCUAAGACAAAAUAAUUUGUACAAAUUUCUUUUAACCGAUAUUCCAAAGCAUUUGCUUUUCACAGAAGGAUUUCCAGGCCUGCCUUAGUUACCCCAAAGAGGCUUGAUGGAUUAUAAUGGACGGAUUUAGCUGACCCCAAGGCAAAAUGACAUGUUCUGUUUAAUGCUUAAUACAUGGUGCAUUGCUAGCUCCUCCUGGUUGCUUUUGUUCAUUACAGCCAGAAGGGGAGGAAGGCAGGAUCCAGGACUUUUUUCUCUUCUCCUCAGCACCAUUGUUACUAAAAUCCGAUGUAGCACAUCUAGAUUUAGAAUAAAGGUCUCAAAUUGCUGAGAAUUUCUUUGUUCUUGCAGAAUGAAAUAAUCCAAUAUUGGGGAUACCCCAGUGAAGAGCAUGAAAUCCUGACAGAGGAUGGCUACUACUUGCAAGCAAACAGAAUUCCUUAUGGAAUGCACAGUUCUGGGAAGACAGGUAAUUCUGGAAUGUAACUGGGCUUUAUAGGGUUUUGUUUUUUUAAAGGAAAAGUACUGGCAGGAUUCCACAUAGCCCAGAGAAAACAAAUGUGUACAUAUAAAUGCUCAGAAUUACCAUAGUUUCUGGGUUCAGAGUGGUUGAAGACAAUAAGUCACAUCCCACUGUGUGUGUUUUGAUGUGAUCUUAGUCUUCUUACCUACAUUUUAAAUGUCAGCACAGCAGCUUGUAACCUUCCGAAAGCUAAGAAAAGAUGCCAAGGUUAAUUUGAAUUGAACUCUGAACCAAACAUGAACUGAACUACUUCGUUUUGCAAUUGGGCAAAUGUGAGCUGGAAGAAGUUGCUUUCUGAGCCAAUCACAACGUGGUGGCAUGGACUAAAAGUUUGAUUUAUGCCGUGGAGCCAGGCCCUGCUCAAGACAUUUUGCUGUUUGAUGUGAAGGCCAACAGCCCUCUCCAAUCCAUUCCAUGUACAGAAGCCAUUCAGAUGAGCCAAGGGACAACAUCAUUCAUUUAUAUCAGGAUAUAAGGGUUGGGAAGUGGGACACGGGUGGCGCUGUGGGUUAAACCACAGAGCCUAGGACUUGCCAAACAGAAGGUCGGCGGUUCGAAUCCCCGUGAUGGGGUGAGUUCCCGUUGCUCGGUCCCUGCUCCUGCCAACCUAGCAGUUCAAAAUCACCUCAAAGUGCAAGUAGAUAAAUAGGUACCGCUCUGGUGGGAAGGGAAACGGUGUUUCCGUGCGCUGCUCUGGUUCACCAGAAGCGGCUUAGUCAUGCUGGUCACAUGACCCGGAAGCUGUAUGCCGGCUUCCUCGGCCAAUAAAGCGAGAUGAGCGCCACAACCCCAGAGUUGGCCACGACUGGACCUAAUGGUCAGGGGUCCCUUUACCCUUUACCUUAUAAGGGUUGGGAACAACAGGGCAUGUAACAUGGUAAUUAUGAAGCUCUUUCUUCCAACUUCCCACUCAAAAUCCUCUGCUACCUGAAGCAACUGCCUCAUUCUGCAUAUCAAUAGGGCCAGCCAAACUAUUAUUAAAUAGUGCCCAAAGGUGGCACAGCCAUAGCACAUCACCUAGUUAGAAGUAAUUAUCUCUUUCAUAUACAUAAUUGUAUCUAUUCUGGACUAGAGGAGAUCAUCACAACGCACAAUAUUGAUGAAGUGAACAGAAAUUAUCUAAAUGGUAGAUUGUCUACAAUAUUAUCUAAUGCCCUUUAUCUUGUUUUUCCCCAGGUCCUAGGCCAGUUGUUUUACUGGUACAUGGUGUUUUGAGUGAAGGUAGGACCUGGAUUGUAAAUCCUCCCAACAAUAGCCUAGGAUUUGCUCUAGCAGAUGCUGGCUAUGAUGUUUGGCUAAUAAAUAAUAGAGGUACCAGCUGGUCUAGAAGACACAAGACUCUGUCAAUUGACCAAGAAGAAUUUUGGAAUUUCAGGUACAGUAUAAAGAGACAACAUGUAGCUUGGAUAGUUGAGACAAUUAUAAUGACUGCUGUCUCUGAAGUACAACUGCUACCAACAUAUCUUUUUUCCUUGUGUUGUGUUAGGGUCCUUCAGUCCUGGAAAGACUUCCCAAAGAUGGCCAAUGGUGGAUUGUGGUUCCUUUUCUUAGCCAACAUCAACAUGACAAAUUUCAUGACUGAAUUUUACAUGCAGACUGAAUUUCUUGGGCUCUGAGAUGUCAAUAAAGUGGUUUCCUAGACUGCCCUUGAUGUGAUUAUACCAUUCUGAAGGAAGUGGGUACAUAGCUUAGGGUACUUUUGACCCCUUGCUUAAGAGUCAGGUGGCCAUGGUGCUAGAGAGUGCUUUUCACCAGGUGCCCCAGCUGUGCCCCAAUCUGGACAGGCAUAGCCUAGCUUCUGUUGUCUAUGCUCUGGGAACCUAUAGGUUGGAUUACUUCAACGCAUAAUACGUAGGGCUGCCUCUGAAGAUGGUUUGGAAGCUUCAGCUGCUGCAGAAUUUGGCAGCCAGGUUGCUCACUGGGACAAGAUGGUUUGAACAUAAUUCUGGAUCCACAUGUCCUUCCACAGUGGGGACAUAGGUUUCUGGGUGGGAAUUGAUCACAGUGGCUUCCUCUUAGUUUGUUUCUCCUUUUUGCCAUGAGUUCAUGCUUCUUCAAAGUCCAUGACACCUUUGAUAAAGGCUUUUCUGCAAUUGGAGCACUCACAGGCCAGUGUUUCCCAGCUAUCAGUGGUUAUACUACAUUUUUUUAGAUUUGCCUUGAGAUCAUUUUUAAACCUCUUUUGUUGUCCACCAGUAUUUCACUUUCCAUUCUUAAGUUUGGACGAGAGUAGUUGCUUUGCAAGAUGAUAAUCAGGCAUCUGAACAAGAUGACCAGUCCAACAAAGUUGAUGUUGAAGAAUCAUUGCUUCCACCAUGGUGAUCUUUGCUUCUUCCAGAAUACUGACAUUAGUUCACCUGUUUUCCUAAGUGAUGUGUACACUUUUUCAGAGACACCGUUGAUGGAAUCUUUUGAAGAGCUGGAGAUGGUGUUUAUAAAUAGUCCAUAUUUCACAAAUGUACAGUAAAGUUGGUAAUACAAUAAUUGGUAAUACAAUAAUUGGUAACACAAUAAUUUAUAAACAAGCAUUUUGGCUUCCCUGCGAAUUUACCUGGGAGAAGAAAGAAAGGCUCCCAGGUAAGACCUGAGGGUCCACUACUUUCUGUGUGAGACAAGGGUCAAGAGCUACCUUUGAGAGAGGACUGGUUUUGUUUUUAUCUAGAUCAGUUUCAUCUAUUUUAUCAUGAAAAAGCUUUAAUAAAAUUUAGAAGACCUCUGAAGGAAGCACUGUAUUGGGAAGUUUUUAAUGAUUGAUGUUUUAUGAUGCUUUUAUAUUUUGCUGGAAGCCACUCAGAGUAGACCAUCUGGGGAAAUUUUGAUCAGGGCAGCACACUCUACAGAAUAUCACAGAGAACUGACUCCAAAACAGGCAUUUCCUGUUCUUGCCCCUGCACUGUGGAAUGCCCUUCCCUCUUCCAUAUGUAAAGCAUCAUCAGUGUGAUUCCGUGCAUCAUUCCUGAUGUAGAUCUUCAUUCUCCACUUGGUCAUAAUGAGGACAUUUAUUGCCACCUUGUCCCGGGUGUAGAUCUUCACUCACUGCUUCCUCCCUGGAGGGAAGUGGUCCAAUUUUGUGGUUCACCUCCAGUGUCAGAAUAUAUUAGGCUAAUACUACUAAUAUAUAAGGCCCUGAACAAUUUGGUAUUUAGAUUACCUGAUAGAUGGCCCACUCUUGUACUGACUUGUUAGUUCCUCCAGACAUAAUGUGAAGACACACCUUUUUGCCCAGACAUUCCAAGAUGUCCACCUCUUAGACUGUAGAAAAGGACUUCUGAAUUAUCAUUUAAAAUUAACACAGUUGUGUGAUUUCAUAUAAUUUAAUACAAUUCUUUAAAAUUAUCCUUUAACAUGUGGACAAUGUACAUAUCUGACAACCUAUUGGGCUAGUUUAAGGGUGAUAUAAAUAUUUAAAGAAAUAAUAAAUAUGUAUCUACUUUCUGUUUCCUUACUGUUUCCAUGGGACAAUAAACUUACUAUGUCAUCCUCCAGAUGACAGGUUAUCAUACCUGACACCUGAUGUAUUGUAUCUUUUGAAUUUAUACACUAGUGUCCAUAAUUGUAUGCAAUUGCAGACAAGCAACAUUUCACCUAUAUUCUGUGUUUGUCUUUCAGCUUUCAUGAAAUGGCAAUUUAUGAUAUUCCAGCAACCAUAAACUUUAUUCUGCAGAAAACUAAGCAAAAAAACUUGUAUUAUAUUGGCCAUUCCCAGGGAGGUACGUUGGGUAAGUUAAGAAGAAAGAGAAUGAAAUGGCUUUUAUUUUCUCGCCUUCCUGCAUUAUCAGCAUUAUCAGGGACCUACUGGGGAUGUGGUUAAGUCUCAUGACUAUUGGGAAGACUAGUUCAGAAAAGAAAAGAAAAGAAAGAAAAGAAAAGAAAAGAAAAGAAAAGGUUAAAGUACAGUUUAAAAAGGGGGGGGGAGCAGAGCUCACAUAUGUUCUAUGAGAAAGUCUUUUCAGGAUCAAGACUUCAGUAGUCAAAUUGGGGCAGCAUAUACAGCUGUCAUCAGCUCCACAGUCAUGAAGAAUGUCCAUUUGUGGUGCGAGGGAGCAAAGACCAGCAAGCAUAAAAUAAGUGGAUUCUGCUUAGACCUGAUAUCUGACACAUUCUCUUGAAAACUCCAGUGCCUAACUUAGGCAGAUGGACACCCAGCAUCCCAAAAGAAAAUUGCCCUGAAUUUGUUGAAUGACAGGCAUUUCAAAAGAAGAGAGAUGGGAAACUUUUGACCUUGCAGAUAUUUGGACUGCAGCUCCCAUCAUUCCCAUCAAGCAUGGCUGAUGGGCUCAAGGUCCAGCAACACCUGGAGAGCCACAGGUUUUUUUUAAUAUCUCUUAUUUGUUUGUUUGUUGCAAGUGCUAUGUUUAGAAUUCUUUCUUUUUUCCAGGUUUUAUUGCCUUUUCAAGCAUGCCACAACUUGCUCAAAAGGUUAAACUCUUCAUGGGCUUGGCUCCUCCCGACACAUUGGCAGGCUUGAAAGGACCCUUUUCUUUACUUCUAAACCUUCCUCAAGAAUUGACAAAAGUAAGUAUUGCUCAAGUUGUUGCCAUUGUGCAAACCCAGAAUUUUAAUAUAUAUUUUUCUUAUGCAUCUUUAUAGAGAGUUAGUCUUCCUGCCAUCCAUUUCGUUUCUUUAUCUCAAAGUUGAGUGUGAGCUUCGGACUUCCAGUGCGAUCACCAUGUCCUUUGGCAGCUUUCCCAUGGCACCAGACUCCACUUGUGCAAUUUAUCAAGGAUAAUAUGGGGACAAUUAUCCCUGGUGACCCCCCCAGGGCAGGGGGGAUUUCUCACCUGCGGGUUGUCCGAUAUCUGCCGCUUGCUACAAUGGAAUGCGGGGGCAGGGACGCUGGGUGCUUAACAUUGCUUAAAUUGGAAACUCAAUUGCCAGAGCCAUGAGCGGGAGUAUUCCUGUUCCUUAAAAAAUAUUUCGAUUCAGACUUUGAAACAGGUGUGUUCUGGAAAGAAGGAGACAAAAAAGAACCUGCUAAAUAAACCAGUCACUGAGUGCUAAGGUUUGAUCUGGAAAGGGCUUUCGUUGUUUUGCCGCGGUAUACAUGAGGUGAGCAUCUGUUUCUUUUCUAUACUUGCUACUUGCUACUUCAUGACUUGAUAAGCCUCACAAAGAAAGAUUUAAUUAACUAAAUGGAAUGCAAGAGGAACUGUACAAAAACUUGAGAAUUUGAAGAUUUAUGGCGCGGAUCUCUAUAGAGAUGUCUAACUGGAACUGGCAAGAUAUGAAGGGACUUUGUACAAAAACAUGAUUAGAUAUACUCUCGGCUUGGGAUGAUAAAAUGGCACAAAUUAUGGUGCAAUAGAAAAAGAAAGGGCCUCUCUAGGGAGGUUGAAAACAACCGAUGGAUUACAACCAGGGAAUAUUUCACACAAGAAAUUACCGUACAUUUGCUUGCAUGGAUUUCUGUUGUAUAUGAAUUAAUAUUAAAGUGAAGGUGAAUCUUUGAUCUUUGCAAGCUUCCCCUAGGGCCUGGGGGGAGCAAAGCUUGGAUUUUAGAGGAACCAAACAACUACUAACAGUGAAAUAUCCCUUAUGGCACUGCCUCCUACUGAAGACCCUUAUCUGGAUUUGCAAAACAUCAGUUCGUUAAAAGACUCGAAGGAUUGCUAUGUUUUAAAUGUUAUCAAACAAAGGAAAGCUGGAAGACAGCCCAGAGUCCUGGAAGACAAGAUCGUGGAAUGAAAAGGGGACCUCUGAGGGGGACUGCAUUGAAAAACAAUUGAUGAGCAAACAACAGGAAGAACAAAAUUCCUUUUGCAUGCUAACACACAUAUGGGUUUGUUAAAUAUGACUGAAAGUUGCAUAUCAGUGACUGUUAUGAUAAGAUAUAGGAUUAAGAUCGGAAUUAUCUCAGGGUCUUGUGAAAGAACAAUGUUAAACAACAAUUGAUGUCCUCCUACUACCGGUCCACAAUAGAAAGUGUCCUCUCAUAUUGUAUCACAAUGUGGUACGUUGGCUUGACAGCCACGGACAAAAAGUCUUUACAGAGGGUGGUGAACACAGCACAUGAUAUCAUGGGCUGUCCCCUGAGCCUGCUAGAUGACAUCGCAAGGGAUUGUUGCCUUAGGAGAGUGAGAAAAAUUAUCAGGGACGAUUCACACCCCGGCCAGCACCUCUUUAAUCUUCUACCCUCGGGCAGGAGAUAUAGAAGUAUAACACUGGUCAACAAUAAAUUUGUUGUCUGCAUUUUUUCAGUUAAUUUAGGAUGAAUCUGAUGCGCUGAAUCCAAAAAUCACAUUGGUUUUGAUCAAUCAGGUCAAGUUUUUGAGCUAUGGCCACAUGUCGGUUUUUUACGUUUUUGUUCACAUGCACGCUUGUGUGGAGCAUUUUGGAAGAAGUUGGUGGGGGUGAAAUGCCAUGUUGAAUAAUUGUUUUGAUUGGAAAUGAUUAUUAUUUUAAUGACAAGAAGUAUUCAGGUCUGAUAGUUCUGGGUGAUUAUGUCGAAAAGAGAUCAGUUUGAAGUCAUAAAACCUCAAAAUCAUCCAUAAAUGGGUGCGGCAAAGCAUAAAGUUGCUUACCAUGCUUAUUUUGGUAUUAAACUUGGUGACCAGGAUAAAGCUUGGGCGCCACACAUGGUGUGCAAGGCAUGCACCGAGACUCUAUGUGGGUGGACCAAUGGCAAGAGGAGUCUGAACUUUGAAAUUCCCAUGGUUUGGAGGGAGCCGACAAACCAUGUCACUGACUGCUACUUCUGCGCUGUUGAUGUGACUGGGAUCAACAGAAAGAACUGGAGCAGCCUCAAGUAUCCUGAUCUUCAAUCAGCACGUCGUCCUGUAGCUCAUUGUGAUGAAAUUCCAGUGCCUAUCUUCGGAGAACUUCUUGACAUUAGUGACGAAGAUGCCGCCAGUAUUGAAGGACAUGAAGAAGAAGAAGUGGUUCUUGAAGAUGAUGCUCCACAUCCAUUUUACCAAAAGGAGUUGAAUGAUCUAGUUCACGACCUCAGCUUGUCAAAGGACUCUGCUGAACUGUUGGCAUCCAGAUUGAAUGAAAAAAACCUCCUCUCUGACAGUGCUCGCAUCAGCUUCUUCCGCAACAGGCAUCAAGAGUACCUCGGUUUUUUUCUCAGAAGAGAAGGACUUGGUGUAUUGUGCAGAUAUUGUGCAGCUUCUGCUCAAGCUUGGAGUGCCACAGUAUGAACCCAAAGAUUGGAGACUGUUCAUUGACAGCAGCAAGCGAUCACUGAAAUGUGUUCUGCUACACGACGGCAACCAGUUUGCCUCUAUACCCCUGGCUCACUCGACUACACUGAAGGAGAACUAUGAAGCGGUGAAGUAUGUGCUGGAGAAAAUUGGUUAUGAUCAGCAUAAGUGGUUUAUUUGUGUUGACCUGAAGAUGGUGAACUUUUUGUUGUGACAACAGUCUGGCUUCACCAAGUACCCAUGUUUUCUGUGCAUGUGGGAUAGUAGGGACUGUGCUCAGCAUUACACGAAAAAGGACUGGCCUGUGCGGGAGAAAUCGGUGCCUUGCAAAGAAAGGAACGUCAUCAACGCCCUCUGGUGGACAGAGACAGAAUACUCUUCCCACCGCUGCACAUCAAGCUCGGCUUAAUCAAGCAGUUCACCAAGGCUCUGGACAAGGAUGGUAACUGCUUCACUUACUUGUGCCAGGCUUUUCCAGGAUUGACCAUGGAGAAGUUGAAAGCUGGCAUUUUUGACGGUCCUCAGAUCCGUCAGCUCAUCAGAGAUCCAGAGUUCGGAAACUCAAUGAACGAAGUGGAACUGGAAGUGUGGAAGGCAUUUGUUCUGGUAGUGAAGAACUUUCUUGGCAACAAUAAGGCCAGAAACUAUGCAGAACCUGUCAACAACAUGCUGACUGCUUUCAGAAACCUGGGCUGCAACAUGAGCAUCAAGAUGCACUACCUAUUUUCACAUAUGGACCGGUUUCCUGAGAACCUGGGUUCAAUGAGUGACGAGCAGGGGGAGAGAUUCCAUCAGGACAUGAAAGAGAUGGAGACCAGGUAUCAGGGUUGCUGGGACGCAGUCAAGAUGGCUGACUACUGUUGGACUCUGAAGAGAGACCUCCCUGCCGCUGAGCAUUCCAGGAGUUCCAAGAAACGGAAGUUCAAGCCCUGAAGUUUGAAAAAUGGUGAAGCCACAUGCAAUUUACGUGUACUUACCUUUAUCAAUGCCCACCACUCAGUUUACAGUAACUGAUGUUUCUAUCAGGUAAUCAAUAUAUGUUGUUGGAAAAACCUUUUUUUCUCUUAAAAACAUAUUUAGGAUGAUAUGUGUCAGGCAACUACCAUCAGUGCCGGAGGGAGAGAGCAAAAUACAGAGGGAUUCCGGAGAGCGUCCCGGGAUUGGGAGAGGCAGCCCAUCUUCUGGGGAAGAGAAUCAGCGUAGCACCAGUGGAGAAGGGGGGCAGAUGGGGGAAGCGGCGAGGUGGUCCCAUGACUCCUUGCCGGGGACCAGCGGGGAGAGUAGAGGUCCUCCGCUGCCUACGCCCUCCUUGCGCAGAAGGCUUUCGCGCAGAGAGAGUAGGAGGAGACUAGGUGUCAAAGAGAUUAUUUGCUGGAAGAAGUUUAAGAAAAGCGCACUGACAGAUUCUGCCAGCGAUUGAGACAGCCACGGGUGAGUGGCUGUCCGGACAGCAAAGGUUCACUCAGGCAACCCAGCCAGGUGUUUGCACCGGCUUACGCACGAGCAACCCCUAGAAUCACUACUAUAUGUGUUGACAAAAAUCAGCUGAUAAUGCCACAAAAAUGUAAUUGAUUUUGUCACAAGAUCUGAUUUUUUUCAAAUCAAUAUAGCACAAAAACCUGACCUGAUGGAGAGAAACGGAUGCCAUUUCCUGAUUCAGCAGUGCAAAAAUACCCUAAAGCAGUUGUAGAAAUCUAGACAACAUUCAAAAAGUAAAAAAAUUGUUGCCCAGUGUAAUCAGUCGUACCAACAGGCUAAAAAACAGUUUCUAUCCGUGGGCUGUUAGGCUGCUGAACGGAAAAUAAUAUAGUGCAACUGACUUUCAGGGUUGGUGUGUUGUGUGACAAGCACACAGAGUGCAAUGAGAUUGAGUGUUUGCGUGUGUGUGGGGGAAGCUUGGUUAAUUUCAUUGUACACAGGUUGUACAUUGACAAUAAAGGUAUUAUUAUUAUUAGAAUUAUGAUGGGAACAAUCAGGAGAGAAAAGGCAGGAACAAGAAACAAAAUAUUUUCUCCUGACCAGCCAGAACAUGGGAAGUCUCUGUAAAUUAUAUACAGUGGUACCUCGGGUUAAGUACUUAAUUCGUUCCAGAGGUCCGUUCUUAACCUGAAACUGUUCUUAACCUGAAGCACCACUUUAGCUAAUGGGGCCUCCUGCUGCCGCAAUGCCGCCAGAGCACGAUUUCUGUUCUCAUCCUGAAGUGAAGUUCUUAACCCGAGGUACUAUUUCUGGGUUAGCGGAGUCUGAAGCAUAUGUAACCUGAAGCAUAUGCAACCUGAAGCGUAUGUAACCUGAGGUACCACUGUAAUCGGGAAUGUAUGAUUGGCUUUGUUAUUUGGAUUAUGAUGUGGCAAUAUUUGAUAUGUUAUUAAUUGGAGUGUUAUUAAUGAAAAAGUAAUAAAAAUUAUUUUUAAAAGGAGUGUGAGCUUGAAGAAUUAGAAGGUAGUGACUUAAGAUUUGGAUCACAUGGACAUUUGUGGUAUGACAAGGUCAGAGUCACCAUGGACUUUUUUAUUUUAUCAGACAUACUAUAUUGAGGAUAUAGAAUAUAUAAAAACAUAUGUGAAGAUACCAUUAUGGAUCUCAACACUAGAAGCACUUCAUAGAAAAGUGUCUAUAGGCAAAGAGAAAUGGUUAAUAUACCAAGAAUAAUUCUUCUUUGGCGAUCACUCAUAGCCCAGUAGGAUUGUCUUCCAAGAGCACAGUCUUAAGAGGAAGUCCCUAAGUGAUUGCGUCCUUCCACAGUGGGGAAAUAGGUUUUCAGGCGGGAGCUGCUGAUGGCUAGAGUUUGCCAGACAUACCUUCCUCUUAGUUUGUUUCUCCUUGCGGCCAUGAUUUCGUGCUUCUUCAAAGUCCAUGACACCUUCAGUAAAGGCUGUUCUCUAACUGGAGUGUUUGCAGGCCAGUGUUUCAGAGUUAUCAGUGCCUAUACUACAUUUUUAAAGAUUUGCCUUGAGAAUCUCUUUAAACCCCUUUUGUUGUCCACAGUGUUAUUGCCACCAAGUAUUUUUAUAGUGGAAUCAGGAAGACUGUAAACUUAAAGAGAGAUUUAACUUAUAUUAAAAAGACUUUCAGUAUAGAAAAAAAUUGACAGACUUUGAAAUACAGUUGUGUAUGGAUGAUUAACAUGUCAUGGUCACUGUGAGUGGGUCUUCAAUGUACAAAUUGCUGUUGAAAUUUGAAAUGCAAGAAUAACAAGUUAAGGAAUGUAUGAUGAAACAAUGGGGACGUAUUUGGAUUAAGGGUUAAAAUACACAUUGCGUUCUCACUGGAUGAGUUGAAUAAGGUUCACAAAUACCUGAUAGAGAAGGUAUCAGAAGUUCUUUAUUGUCCUAUCUUUUUUUCCUUUCUUCUCCUUUUAUUUCUAUAUAUUUUCUUCUUCUUUCUCCUUUCUCUAUCUUUCUCCUCUUUUCUCUAUUUCCCUUUUCCUUUUUUUUAUAAUUUUAUUUGCAUACGCUUUAUAAAUUCCAAUAAAAUCUAUUUUUUUAAAAGGGAAAGAAAAAAGUGCCAGUGUGGUGUAGUGGUUAAGAGCGGUAGACUCAUAAUCUGGUGAACUGGGUUCGGGUCCCCGCUCCUCAACAUGCAGCUGCUGGGUGACCUUGGGCUAGUCACACUUGUUUGAAGUCUCUCAGCAUUACUCACCUCACAGAGUGUUUGUUGUGGGGGAGGAAGGGAAAGGAGAAUGUUAGCUGCUUUGAGACUCCUUAGGGUAGUGAUAAAGCGGGAUAUGAAAUCCAAACUCCCCCUCCCCCUCCUCCCCCUCCUCCUCCUCCUCCUCCUUUUUGGUGGCUGCUCCCAGACAGGAUGAAGACUCUGUCACAGUCAGGGAUGCUAGAAAGGAAUGAUUGACAUUCCAACCUGCAUGCGUCACAACCAGUACCAUUUGCGUUCAGCUUCUGCCAAAUACUCUGUUAUUCAUCUUACUGUCCUCUAUUGAGAAUGCCCUUUUCCAGGACCCACUCCCAAACUUUUUAUGAAUUAUUAAGAAGGCCCCAUCUGCCAAUCUUAACACCUGAGAGGCUGUGUGGGAGGGAGGUGGUUGGAGUGCACCUCCUUAGAAAUCUCUCCUCAGCUAUCCAGAGCCAGGCCUACAUCAGGACCUGGAAGCAAAAUUGUAUAGAAAGCCCUGGCAUAUCAUCUUGAGCAUGCUUGAAGAAAAGUGGUAUACAACUGUAACAUAAAGGAGAUCUAUUCCUAACAGGAACCUUAAUGUUUACUUCCAAGAAAGGACGGUUAUUUAGUAAUGCUUCAGAUUUUUUUAUUUUAUUUUUUACAGCUUAUAUGGGGCAAAAAAGAAUACUGCCUUUUCAGUAACAAACUAAAAGCCAUCAAUGCCAAGAUCUGCAGUUAUCCAGGGAUUGAUAGACUUUGUCUUGAAGGCAUUGUCUUACUUUAUGGACGCAAUGAGAAAAACCUAAAUGUGGUAGGUAGUUUUAUUCUCUAUCAUUUAUUUCUUUUUGAAAGAACUUGCUGUGUACAUAUACAAAACAACAAAAGAAAAUCAAACAAAAUAUAGUAUUUGGAGUUCCUUUACACUUCUCUUCCAUGGUGAAAUUCUAGCGGCCUAUUCCAAUAAAUGCUAAUCUUUCUUUUAAAUUUUAUUUUCAAAAUUAACUUCACGUCUAGUAGGUAGUUGGUCACUUACUCGUUGCCAUAGAGGAGGAAAUGCACCACACUCCAAAUAUCAAAGAAGUCUCAGAGUGGCUUAUUUUAAUUGCUUAUGCUAAACUCCAGAUGCAAAGACAGGAAGAAUUCCUAUAGUGGGGUGGACUGUGAUGAGGUGAACUUUCUGCCUGCUCCAUGUGCUGUCCAGGUGCUCACUGUUGAGAGGCAACUUCAAGGCCCCUGUUCUUCCUUCUUAUGGCUCUUUAUCAGCUGGAUUCACUAUGGGUGGGAGAUACACAUCUAGGUACCCAGACACCUCUUCAUCAGAAACCUGCUUCCUUGUGCUGCAUGCAAGUGUCUGUAUGCUGCACUACCUUGAUUGCCAUGACCUAUUGCUUUGUAAAUAAAUGUGUUCCUUGAAACCUCUUCAAGAAUGGGAAUAUAAAAAAGCAUUUUCUUUCCUAUCAUUCUUCCAGAGUCAAGCAGAUGUGUAUCUUGGAAUUUACCCUGAUUUUACUUCUGUAAAAACUAUCAUACACUGGAGUCAGGUAUGUUCUAACAAAUACCUUCUCAGCAUAUGAAAACAUGGGAGUCAAAAGUCUGACGUUUCGACUUGCCUGUUUAGUUUCUUAUGUUUGUGUUUUGGUUCUAAGGUUUCCAUUUCAUUUUAUAAAAGUGUAGUUUUCAAGAUUACUGGACCACUCAAAAGUUAUAUUCUAGCUACAGUGGUACCUCGGGUUAAGAACUUAAUUCAUUCCAGAGAUCCAUUCUUAACCUGAAACUGUUCUUAACCUGAGGUACCACUUUAGCUAAUGGGGCCUCCUGCUGCUGCUGCGCUGUCGCCGUGUGAUUUCUGUUCUCAUCCUUAACCCGAGGUACUAUUUCUGGGUUAGCAGAGCCUGUAACCUGAAGCGUCUGUAACCCGAGGUACCACUGUACUUCAAUAUUCAAACAUGAACUGUAACAACUCUUUGGAUUUCAUGGGAAGAACACAGGAAGCUGCCCUUUACUGAAUCUGCCCAUUGCUCCUUUGAGUUCAGUAUUAUCUACUGAUGGGGGUGAAGACAGGAAAACAGUUAGUGGAACUGCAGGCAGUUAAAGGCAGAGCCCAUUCUCCUUGCUGCUGUGUUCUACAAGGGCAACAAUGAGACUAAGUAGGAAGCUGAUAGGCAGGCAGGGGGUGGGUGGAGGAGGGAAGAUGGAGGUUGGUGGGGUACUGCCCCAUGCACCCGAGUGCACUAACAUCCGCUGGUGCUGGGAAUCCUCACAUUACGGAGAAGGUGAAACAUAUUGCAGUGGUCUUGGCAGCUGAAGAUUAGUGAAGGCUGGGCAAAAGAAGAGGUCAAUAUUGUGGGCAUAGGCACCAAUUCUAUGGGGUGAGGAUAGCUCCUCUCUCCCAACAUAUGUGGGAAUGGGGCUGAACUCCCUCAAUCUUGAGGGGCUGGGCUCAGUUUUUUAAUAUUUUCUCACAAAUGAGGAUGAUAGAUAUGUUAAUAACCUUCUACCUGACUUUCUACUUUCCACUGUUUUAAGCAGAGCUUAUGGUCCUAUCAUUGGCCAGGGUGGAUAGGUGGGAAUUCUGAUAACCAAGAUCCCAAGAGUUUGAUUUUUUUAUUGUGUUUUCCAUCUUUCAAGAGGCUUUUGUAUUUUGAACAUGCACCAAAUUUCAAAUUGUGUAUAAGUGUUUUCCAUCUUUUUAGGUUGCUAAAACCAACCAAUUUAAGUAUUUCGAUUAUGGAUCAAAGAACAAAGCUGUCUAUAACAUGGUAAGUGUUUUGGAUUCUAAUGAGAGAUUUUGGCGGCAGGUUAAACAUUAAAUGAGAACCGUGUUGUGAUUUCUGAAUUCUUAUAUAAUUCCUUUGGAAAAGAUGCAGAACUGGUUGUAAUUAUGGGUUUAUCUAUGAAAGUGUAUGCAUUUAAUGAGUAGGAACAUAGAAAACUGUCUUAUGCCAAGUCAGACUAUUGCCCCAUCUAUCUCUCUAUACUGAUUCACAGCAGCUCUGAUUCCAAGCCCUAUUAGAGAACCUGAGAGACCUAUGACCUUCUACACACAAACCAGACCCUCCCUCUGUCCUGAAGAGCACGUCCUCCUCAUGAGCCAUGAGGGCUCUCAUUCCUUUUGCUAUUCUUACUGGUCCAGAGUAAGGAGUUGGAUACUUAACAAAUAGUUAAAGAAUGAUUUUCAAGGGACAGAUGUUAGACAUUCAAUGUAUCUGAAGAUCCAAAAGAUGUCUUUAAAAAGAGGAAAAUAAAUAAAAGUGAACCUAAUUUUCAUCUUUCUGUUCUUUUUCUCAACAGAGUACACCCCCAUUUUAUAAGAUAGAAGACAUUACUGUGCCAACAGCUGUGUGGAGUGGUGGGAAUGACAUUGUUGUAACCAAAAAGGCUAUUGAACGGCUGCUCCCUCGAAUCCCUCAUUUAGUUUUCUAUAAGAAUAUUCCUGAUUGGCAACAUUUUGAUUUUACCUGGGGUCUUGAUGCACCAGACCAGUUGUUUAAGGAUGUACUUUGUCUGAUGCAAAAGUUCAAAUAA